CGGCGGACGGGGAGGGCGGCGUCGGGGUCGUGGUGCCUGCAGCUGCUCGGCGGCGGCUUCUCGCCGGAGACUCGGUCGACUCCUUUCUCCCGGCUCCGCGGCGGCGGCGGCAGCUCCUGCCCUCUCGCUCUUCCUCCCGCGUCUCCGGCUGCAGGUGAAAGGAAAGCAAGCCAGGAUGGAUAUUUACGACACUCAAACCUUGGGGGUUGUGGUCUUUGGCGGAUUCAUGGUAGUCUCUGCCAUCGGCAUCUUCCUGGUGUCAACUUUCUCCAUGAAGGAGACGUCGUAUGAAGAAGCCCUCGCAAACCAGCGCAAGGAGAUGGCAAAAACUCAUCACCUGAAAGUAGAGAAGAAAAAGAAGGAGAAAACCGUGGAGAAGAAAGGAAAGACCAAGAAAAAGGAAGAAAAAGCCAACGGGAAGAUACCUGAGCAUGAGCCAGCCCCUAACAUGACCAUUCUACUCAAAGAAACAACACGGGCCCCUCCUGUGGAAGUGAUGCCAACACCAGUCCAGCCGCACGUGGUCAUUGCCCCUGUAGCCACGGUACCAGCCAUGCCCCAAGAGAAGUCAGCCCCAUCUCCUAAAGACAAGAAGAAGAAGGAGAAAAAAGUGGCAAAGGUGGAACCAGCAGUCAGUCCUAUAGUGAAUUCCGUCCAGGUUCUCACCUCGAAGGCUGCCAUCUUGGAAGCUGCUCCCAAGGAGGUGCCUAUGGUGGCUGUGCCCCCUGUGGGCACCAAGGCCAGUGCCCCAGCCACUGGCACAGCUCAGGGCAAAAAGGCAGAGGGAACCCCCAACCAGGGCAAAAAGGUGGAAGGAACCCCCAACCAGGGCAAAAAGGUGGAAGGAACCCAGAACCAGGGCAAAAAGGUGGAAGGAACCCAGAACCAGGGCAAAAAGGUGGAAGGAACCCAGAACCAGGGCAAAAAGGCAGAAGGAACCUCCAACCAGGGCAAAAAGGUAGAGGGAAGCUCCAACCAAGUUAAAAAGACCGAGGGGACGCAGAAUCAAGGCAAAAAGGCAGAAGGUGCCCAGAAUCAGGGGAAAAAAGUGGAGGGGAAUCCCAACCAGGGCAAAAAGGCCGAAGGGGUCCAGAACCAGGGCAAAAAGGCCGAAGGGGUCCAGAACCAGGGCAAAAAGGCCGAGGGAACCCCAAAUCAGGGCAAAAAGGCCGAGGGGACCCAGAAUCAGGGCAAAAAGGCAGAGGGUAUCCAGAACCAGGGCAAAAAAGUAGAGGGGACCCCCAACCAGAGCAAAAAAGGAGAGGGGACCACCAACCAGGGCAGAAAAGAAGGGACCCUCAACCAAGGUAAAAAAGUAGAGGGGACACCCAACCAGGGCAAAAAGGCAGAGGGGCCCCAGAACCAGGGCAAAAAGGCAGAAGGUGCCCAAAAUCAGGGCAAAAAAGGGGAGGGGACCCCUAACCAGGGCAAAAAGGUAGAGGGGGCCCAGAACCAGAGUAAAAAGGCAGAGGGUGCCCAAAAUCAAGGCAAAAAGGUGGAAGGGACCCCCAACCAGGGCAAGAAGGUAGAGGGGGCUCCCAACCAGGGCAAAAAAGCAGAAGGAGUCCCCAACCAGGGUAAAAAGGCAGAGGGGAGCCCCAACCAGAGCAAAAAAGUAGAGGGGACCCCCAAUCAGGGCAAAAAGGCCGAGGGGUCCCAGAACCAGGGCAAAAAGGCCGAGGGGGCCCAGAACCAGGGCAAAAAGGCCGAGGGGUCCCAGAACCAGGGCAAAAAGGCCGAGGGGGCCCAGAACCAGGGCAAAAAGGCCGAGGGGUCCCAGAACCAGGGCAAAAAGGCCGAGGGGGCCCAGAACCAGGGCAAAAAGGCCGAGGGGUCCCAGAACCAGGGCAAAAAGGCCGAGGGGGCCCAGAACCAGGGCAAAAAGGCCGAGGGGGCCCAGAACCAGGGCAAAAAGGCCGAGGGGUCCCAGAACCAGGGCAAAAAGGCCGAGGGGUCCCAGAACCAGGGCAAAAAGGCCGAGGGGUCCCAGAACCAGGGCAAAAAGGCCGAGGGGUCCCAGAACCAGGGCAAAAAGGCCGAGGGGGCCCAGAACCAGGGUAAAAAGGCCGAGGGGGCCCAGAACCAGGGUAAAAAGACCGAGGGAGCCCAGAAUCAGGGUAAAAAGGCAGAGGGGGCCCAGAACCAGGGCAAAAAGGCAGAUUCAGUUGCCAAUCAGGGCACUAAGGCAGAGAGUGUUGUGAACCAGGGGAAAAAAGGAGACGGAGCCACCAAUCAAGGCAAAAAGGCAGAGGGAACCCCCAACCAGGGCAAAAAGGCCGAGGGGUCUCCCAAACAGGGCAAAAAGGGGGAUGCAGCUGCCAAUCAGGGCAAAAAGGCAGAGUCAGCUUCUAUCCAGGAUAAAAAUCCAGAUAUGAUCCAGAGCCAGGCGGCACCAAAGCAAGAGGCUCCUUCAAAGAAGAAGUCAAAGAAGAAAAGUGAGCCUGUGGUCCUGGAGGCCGACAGCCCUCUCUACCUGCCCUAUAAGACUCUGGUCUCCACUCUGGGAAGCAUGAUAUUCAAUGAAGGCGAGGCCCAGCAGCUGAUCGAGGUCCUGUCAGAGAAGGCCGGCAUCGUCCAGGACACCUGGCACAAGGCCACUCAGAAGGGCGAUCCCGUGACAAUUCUGAAGCGCCAGCUGGAGGAGAAGGAGAAGCUGCUGGCCACUGAGCAGGAAGAUGCGGCCAUCGCCAAGAGCAAGCUGCGGGAACUCAACAAGGAGCUGGCUGCGGAAAAGGCCAAGGCAGCAGCUGGGGAGGCCAACGUGAAGAAGCAGCUGGUGGCCCGGGACCAGGAGAUGGCGGCGGUACAGGCACGCAUGCAGGCCAGCUACCGCGAGCACAUGAAGGAGAUGCAGCAGCUGCAGGGCAAGGUUCGGACUCUUCAGGAGCAGCUGGAAAACGGCCCCAACACUCAGCUGGCUCGUCUGCAGCAGGAGAAUUCCAUCCUGAGGGAUGCCUUGAACCAGGCCACCAGCCAGGUGGAGAGCAAGCAGAACGCGGAGCUGGCCAAACUCCGGCAGGAGCUCAGCAAGGUCAGCAAGGAGCUGGUGGAAAAGUCGGAAGCCGUGAAGCAGGAGGAGCAACAGCGGAAGGCUCUGGAAGCCAAGGCACUUGUUUUCGAGGGUCAUGUUCUGCAGCUGAAGGCAUCGCACAAGGAAAAUGAGGAAGCCCUGCAGAAACGCCUGGACGAGGUCAGCCGGGAGCUCUGCCGCUCCCAGACCAGCCAUGCCAGCCUCCAGGCGGACAUGGAGAAGGCCCAGGAGCAGCAGCAGCAGAUGGCGGAGCUGUACAGCAAGCUGCAGUCCUCGGAAGCAGAGGUGAAAAGCAAAUGUGAGGAGCUGGGCAGCCUCCAGGGGCAGCUCAGGGAGGCCAGGACUGAGAACACACAGCUCACGGAGAGGAUCCAGUCCAUUGAGGCCCUGCUGGAGGCCGGCCAGGCCCGGGAUGCCCAGGCCAGCCAAGCGGAGGCCGACCAGCAGCACGCCCGCCUCCAGGAGCUGGAGUCCCAAGUGUCAUCUCUGGAGAAGGAGGCCACUGAGCUCAGAGAAGCUGUGGAACAGCAGAAGGUGAAGAACAACGACCUCCGGGAGAAGAACUGGAAGGCCAUGGAGGCACUGUCCACAGCUGAGAGGGCCUGCGAGGAGAAACUGCGCUCCCUGACCCAGGCCAAGGAGGAGUCUGAGCGGCAGCUCCACCUGACUGAGACACAGACCAGAGAGGCCCUGCAGUCCGUCCUGCCAGAGCUCACUGCCAUAUCGCACCAGAAUUACGCCGAGUGGCUGCGGGAGCUCCAAGAGAAAGGCUCAGAGCUGCGGAAGCAGCCGCCGGCCCCUACGGAGCCUUCUCCGGACCUGGCCUCCAGGCUGCAGGAGGCAGAGGAUGCACAGAACACCUUGCAGGCCGAGUGUGACCAGUACCGCAGCAUCCUGGCGGAGACGGAGGGCAUGCUCAGGGACCUGCAGAAGAGCGUCGAAGAGGAGGAGCAAGUGUGGAAGGCCAAAGUCAGCACCACGGAGGAGGAGCUGCAGAAGUCUCGUGUCAAGGUGAAGCAUCUCGAAGAGAUUGUAGAGCGGCUGAGAGGAGAGCUGGAGAGUGCUGACCAGGUGCGGGAGCACACCUCGCAUUUGGAAGCAGAGCUGGAGAAGCACAUGGCAGCAGCCAGUGCCGAGUGCCAGAGCUAUGCCAAGGAGGUGGCAGGGUUGAGGCAGCUUUUGUUAGAAUCUCAGUCUCAGCUGGACGCAGCCAAGAGCGAAGCUCAGAAGCAAAGCGACGAGCUAGCCCUAGUCAGGCAGCAGUUGAGUGAGAUGAAGAGCCACGUAGAGGAUGCUGAAGUAGUGGGGUCCCUGGCUGCCCCCCCAGAGGUCCCCGCAGCUGAGCAGGACCCCGUCGAGGUUAGGGCGUUGAAAAUACAGCUGGAGCAGACAGAGGCCAUCCUGGAGGGCGAGCAGACACAGCGGCAGAAGCUCACGGCCGAGUUUGAAGAGGCUCAGAACGCUGCAUGCCGACUACAGGAAGAGUUGGAGAGACUCCGCACUGCCAGUCCCCUGGGGUCUUCAGAUGCACAGGAGGCCGGGCAACUGAAGGAAAGACUAGAGAAAGAGAAGAAGCUCACAAGUGACCUGGGCCGUGCAGCCACCAAGCUGCAGGAGCUUCUGAAGACGACCCAGGAGCAGCUGGCCAAGGAGAAGGACAUGGUGAAGAAGCUGCAGGAACAGCUGGACAAAGCGGGGGACGGUAGCAGCUCAAAGGAGGGCACUUCAGUGUGAGUCUCUGUGGAAAAAGAAGUUACUGUUUAACUUACCAAAAUGCCUUACACAUUCCUUACAAAGAAAUCAACCUACACAGCACUCGUUAUCCAGGCCCAACUUCUGGUAACUCCAAGAGAGAAGCCAUUCGAGACGAGAGUCUUGGAACCACAGAAAUAAAUCUUCCAGACCCCAGUUUGUAAAAGCACCUUUGUAACAUUUGAUAAACACUAUUCCCGGGACCAGCCCUGGACCACUGCCGAGCAGAUGCCAAAGCCCAUAAUCCACUGCUUCGAACAGAACCCACGGUGUGCUGGGAAGGCCGGGCUGGGCUGUCUGUGUAUCAAUCAGUGCAAUGUUGUGUCUUUUCUUGGUGUGGUGGCGGGGGCGGGGGGUAGUUCUCAGAGGCUGUGGCAAAGACUGGAGGGGUCCGGCCCCGCCACCCCUCACCCCUGGAAGAAGUUACCAACCAGAACCGAUGUGUGACCUCCUGGAUGUUCAUGCUAUUAAAGCCCAUGUUGUCGCCGGAGCUACAGUCUGUGUCUUCUGCAGGGCUCCCCCAACCAGGCCUUUGGGCCAGGGAUGAGGAACCAAAUUGUGGGUCCGUUUUGGGAAAUCCUGGGGGUCAAGCAGCUCUUUUCUAGAGUGGGAGUCAAACUUGCUGCUUCCUGGCCCCUCAGAGCUGCUCCUCGCCAGCCCACCCAGGCCCCAGACCUCUGCCUGCUUUCUCUCUCCUGCAGAAGGGAGCAUCUGGGACACCUAGGGACAGAUCGCUCUGCCUGCAGGCCUUGCCCUUGAGAGUGUAGACGUGUUGUGAGCAGGACUGGGACGGGGAGGGGGGUGCCCUGUGGGUGUAAGUUCCCGGAAUGAACACGGGUAACUGGAGGGACAGCCCAGGUUGAAGCAGACCAGUGGAAGCAAGGGUUCUCAUAGACUAGGUGUACUAGGUGGACCAAGGCAGCCUGGUUCAGGAGAGCCUUGGGUCAGGAGGUGAGUCAGAUAGGAGUCUUGGCGUGUCAGUGACAAAAGCCUGGAGCCUAGCGGAAAGGGGAUUUGGAGGUGGACAUCUGGCAGCACUGAGUCAUAGGAGGCUUGAGCCAGUCCAGGGAUGGGGCACCAGGGUCUUGGUGGCAGGAACAGCCAGUCUUGGUAACAGGCCACCAUCAGUACAGCAGCCCUGGCCAAGUGCUGGUCUCUCUUACCUUUCUUCCAAGACUCCAAGCUUUGGGAAGACUUGAGCUUGGCUGGGAGAAGGCAGGGCAGUUUGAUGGCAGGUCCAGCAACACGGGAUUUAGAAGGGAGGGUGGUCACCACAACCCAAGAUGCUAGGCCUCCAACCUGCUGUCACCUCUGCAUCUCCACCACCCUCCAGGCACUGGGUGUGACCUCUGGGGGCUGCUGUCAUGGGAACACAAGACCAAGACCUUGGGAAGUAUUCGAGUGGCACAUGCGUCCUCCUGCUCUAACUGAGGACCUGCCAAGUGCAGGCAAGGGGGGCCCCAAACUGCACGGCCAAGACCCAGCCUGGCUCUCUGGGAGCACCUGGUCCAGUGACCGCCCACCCGUGCCGUGGUGGUUUUGUGUGAUGCUGGAAAAUUUCUGGCUCCCCAGAGAAGAGCUUUAAGCCACAGCUUAAAAAGGAUCAGGUGCCUGUCAGGUGGGGGAGGGGAAGGGGUCCCGGCAGAGGCAGCAGUGGGUGCAGAGGUGUCCAGGGCACGGUGGGGUCUGGGGGUGGUUGUCGAUAGGGCUGUGGAGGGAAGGUGAGGUUGAAAGGGGUCUGGAGCCAGCUUAUGAAAGACUCAGGAAUCCCAGAGGUAAGGCAUAGCAGCCACUGAGGGUUUUCACACAGGGAGACCAGCUUAUCUGUUCUGGGCCUCUGCAGAGGGGCCACGGUAGAGGGCCCAGAGGGCUUGGGACAUUGAUGCCAUGGUUUCUGACCUGGAGACUGAGUAGGAGGAAGUGACACCAGAUGAUUCUCCCGUCAACCCAUUCAGCCUCCGUGGGAGGUGCACCUCACCCCACUUUGCAUCGAGUCCCAGGAGUGAAGGUACAGGCCAGCUCCCACACCAGGUCUGGCCGUAGCAGCCACUGGGCCCCAUGAACCUGGCCACCCCUGCACAUGCGAGUGCUGCGUACUUGGUGCGGGGGCUCAGGACUAGAGGACGGUUUUCAGUUGGGGAGACAAUGCUUCCUCCUGCAUGGGUGGCCUUACACACGGCCAGUGGCUGGGAAAUCAGCCAGCGGGAGUCUGGGGGUGCCUGGAACCUGGGUUUCCAGCCAGCCUCCCCAUCCUCAGUCAGUGGAGAACCAAGGGCUCGGUAGACGGCCUCAGAGGGCACAAGAGGAAGGCGGAAGCAAGCCAGAGACUAGUUGUGAGCCUUGGGAAAGAAAGGGACAAGGGGCCCUGGGGAUGCUGAGCUGCUGCUUUUGGGUUCUCCUGGGUGAUGGCCGGCCACUGGGCCCCAGCUACAGCCCUACACACUCCAGACCACCUGGUGAGGAAUGCGGGGAAGUGAAGGCAGGCAGGGUGUGAGGCCCCCAUGAGCUGGACUAGGGGGUCAGGAAAUGUUACUUUGGGGUACAUUAUCUGCAGCUCCAUUUUCCACCUGUCCUCCCCACCAACCCCACAGGGUCUGAGUGGCAGUAGGGCCCAGCUGUGGCCUCUCCUGGGCAGCAGGGGGCACCUAGGCUGCAGGUGGGGCUGCACUGCAGCUGGGCCUAGGCAAGGCUCCAUCGCUCGCCUGGGAAACAUGCCACUUGCUCAGGACAGAAUCCCAGGCAGCAGCCUUCAGCGGAUUCCUGUAGAAGAGGCUGGGUGCCCCCUUGGCGUUCCUCAGAAUGUACAGGCACCCCAGGAACCAGGCUCAGGGUCGGCCAUUCACGGCUCCCUGCCCUGUGAGAGCCCCUGAGCGCUCAGGAAUCUGUAGUCACUUGGAAUGAAGCAGCUCAGUGUUGAGGAAGGAAUCACCUAGGGCUGGACUAGGGCACUUGUCACUUCAGAAGAGCUGGGUUGCUCCGCUCACAGGAAGCACUGCUUCUUCCUAGGCCUGGCUUCCAAGGAUGGGCCUGGGCUGGAUGUGGCACUGUGUCGGGCAGGGAGAGUGCCUGGCACGUGGGCAGCACCCAAGGUAGGAGUCUGGGAAAGUGAGCAGUGCAGGGAAGACGGCAGAGAAACAGCAAGGCCUUGGGCACGGGAAUCAAGAUUUUAGACACUCCACAACUGACUUCUUCCCCAGCUCGUUCAGGUUCCGGUCUAAAGGGAGUUCAGAGCCCAGAAGAGCUGUAUUCUCCUUCCUGCCCCAGUUCAGGUUGCACCCCUGGCACGCAACAAGACCUAACCUCAGAAUUCCAGGUAUUAAAAACAAACUCUCCAAAGGUGCAGUGGGAACAACUCAGGACCAGACACUGGGAGACCUGGGGUUUUGUCCCAGUUGUGUGACUUACGCAAUGACUUGACCUCCCCCGGCUGGACACUGAUGGGCUUGGCCGGGGGCUGUCAGCCUCUCCCAGCUGCCCUUCAGGGACUCCAUCAGCCACACACCUGGAUGCCUUGGGCUUGGAGAUCCCUGGGCCCAAACAAAACCUGCUGCUCCAGCAGUGGCUUCCUUCUACUGAAACCCUAGCUACCGGAACCACUGCAGUGCGACUAAUGACCCUUCUGCCAUCUGCAGCCCAGCUGGACCCUGUUUGCAUGCUUUAGAAAUGCCCUAAAUCACGUGAAAGUGGCGUGUCCUCUGGCACGUCCAGGCUCUGACGUGCACUUCCUGCACCUGCACCAGCCAGCACUCUGGGCUGCCAUCUGCGGAGUGGAAAGCAUUCCACUAAGCCUGUUACUCCAGUCUCUGCUGUUUCUCGGAGAUGAGUGUUUCCUGGAAUAACAGCAUGCACAGUCAAGUUCUGACUGAAUUUCUGCUUCAUUGCGGCUGUUAGGUGCCAAGGAGUUGACGUUGGACCUCCGGCAAUCCCACGUGACAGAUGUGAAGUGCCCUGUACGGGAGCAGAUCACCAGCUCUUUCUCCUGGGGAGCCACGGGGUGGUUCGAACUGCCAACUUUUGGUUAGCAGCCGGGCACUUGGCCAUUGUGCCACCAGAGUGCCUUUAUUUAUUUGCUUCUUUUUCAGGGCAAAGGAGUAAUCAAUAGAUGAACCCCAAGUGUUAACACUUGUGAAAACGUACAUCUUUUCUGCAAACAGUACACCUGCAGUUUAUUCCCGCAGCGUGUCAACCAAGGUCUAACCCCCUGGUUUUACACCAGAAUUGCAUGGAGUGCUUGUUUAAGAAGAUUCUUGGGCCUCAGCUUCAGGAAUCCCUUCAGCUUUUCUCAAAAGCUUUUCCAGAUGGAGAUACAAGCAACUAUCAGCAUCUUCUCAAUUUCUGGACUAAGCAUGGGUUGCCGGGAGGCUUUUACACUCAUCCCUGUAUCCAGUCUGAAAUCCUCACCAUAAGCACACACUGCACACCUGCACACACCUGUAUGCGCACCCUACGGCAAUGAGAGGUGGUUCUAGAAGUGCUCUACUGCUCAGGCCAAAACCACAGACCCUAUUUCUAAAACUCCUUAACCGAGUGCCUGGCUGUCUGCACAGCAGGCUGCAGAGCAGGGCGGCCCUGGGCCUGCGACGCUUCACUGGAGGCUGGUUAAUACACACUAGCACUGCAGGCACUGCUUUGCUGCAGAGGAAAUAAGAAAUUAAGGAUGAAAGAAUGAUAAACAGCUUAUUGGUAAACCAGUAGCCAACACCAUGUCCAUGACAAUUUUCAAAGAGGUAUUUUAACUAAGCAUGAUAACCUUUGUUAUUUCCCAAACAGUAAAUCACAGAGAUGAUAUAAGUCUGGCAUUUGGAUACACACUUGGAAUAAGGGAUUCCCAACUUCCUCAUUCGAUCAGAGGAGGAGGAGCUGUGACCUUAACUCAGGAACACCCCAAACCUUGAUGACUUACUCUUAUUUAGAAGGCAAAAUCCUUUAUCCCAAAUUCACAUGUGAAUAAUUACACAAGAGAUAAGUUAAAAAUGCUUCCUUUAUUACAUAAAGCCAAUACUGCUACUUCUAAGUUCAACUGUUGGUGCACCUCUGUGAUGUCGAGACAAUCACGUCCAACCCGUCAGGAGCUGCUUCCCAGGAGUGUCAUCCGCCACACCUGCUCCCGUUUCACACACAGUCAACCACUUUAGGAAAUAAAGAAGUCCUCCCAGGCCCCAAGGUAAACACUAACUUCAUGUUCUUCCACCCCUUAUUGUACUAGAAGCAGCAAAAAUCCAAAGGAGACACAAGAUAUCAUAGGUGUCCUAGCUUGUCAAUAGACUGUUUUAUCAUUUUCAUUAACAAAGUAUAUUACAAUAGAGCCCUCAUUUGCAUUAUAAGUCAAUUAGUUGUUACAAGACACUGCACGUUCUCCCGAAGAGACACCGUGAUUUCCAGGAUGCAAGGUCCACCCACCAGAACAGCCUCGGAACUAGUGAGAAGAGAGACGCCCACAGUGCAGGCAGCGUUCCCUCAUUCCCACCAGGUGCUGGAACAGUGCUUUGCGAGAUCGGCAUUGGUUACAGUGUACACGCGUUCUGAGGCGUCUCCACUACACGUCUGGUGACCGCUACACGUCUGGUGACCGCUACACGUCUGGUGAAGUAAAGACCGCCUGACUUAAUCUUACUGUAGUUAGUCUAUUAGUGUUAUGUGCUGUGAGGAGAAUUAGUUUCCAUUAUUCAGCUUAGCUCAACGAAGAAUAAUGAAUUUGGGCCAAAAUUAUAACCAAAUUAUGACCAAUUCUCUAAGCAAAAGAGACAAAGUAACUGGCGAGGUUAACAAGGGUGUAGCAGUCUCUUCAUAUGGCCUUGUACUGUUUUGUGAACUGCAUCGCUACAAAUCCUGAGUUUAACAAUCUUUACAAGCCAACUCCUCAAAACAGGCAUUUAGCCAGUAAGAAUUUAAUUUUACACCAAUGAAACUUUAGAUUUAUUUAGGGCCAUUUGCACAUGUUUACAGAAUAUUUUGUUUACUGCAGAAGGUAAGACAGCUCCCCCUCAGUGAGACCCUGGCCUAAAUGUAUUUGCUUUACUUAUACAGAAAGAGAAUAACAUUGAACAUGGAAGCUUUCGGUUUGUGGCACUGAGUGAUGAUCUACACGGGGCAUCCUUCAAAAGCUACAAUUAAGGAUCCACCUAGCUUCUCUGCAAUACAAGCCCGAUUGAGGUCUUCUGGCCCAUUCGCUUGACAUUCGUGUUUUAUGCCUAGGGAGGAAAAAACACUCGAUUCAGAAUCAUGGAGGUAGCUUACCCGUUUCUCUAAAUUAUCCAACCAUUUUUGAAAAACCAGUUCUAGCGUGGAUAGAUAAACUGGUAUGUACAAAUAACGGAAUACUACACGGUAAUGAGAACAAACAGCCUAUUACUUACACGCGUCAGAAUGGGUGACCCUCAUAAACACAACGUUAGCUGAAAGAAGCGAGACAAAAAAGCAUACAUUCUGGCUGAUUCCAUCUGUAAAACAUACACAACCAGCCCCAGCUAGCUGGCGCUGUCAGGAGCCAGGAUAAUGGUCACCCUUUUGGAGGAGCAGAGUGUCCUGGGGUUGCUAGUCAUGAGAGCAAGAAACAGAACGUUACGUUCAGUUUGUGAAAAUUCAUCAAGCUCUACAAUGAUUGAUAACGUCCACUUAUAAAAAGUGGAAAAGCAGAUCUGGUAAUUUUUUUUUUUUAAUAUAAAUAAAAAUAUAAGUUAGAUGUUUCGGUUGCACAGCUGAGUCAGUCAACUAUUAAAGCGUAAGAAUCUUUACAAAUGGCAGCCCCUUCCCAUACAAAACAGCUAGCUUUCUCCAGUGGGAUUACAGUACAGAUUUAGGAAACGCAUCACAGUGGGAACGAGGUAGACUGUGUUACUGACUGCUUUCUCAGAACAACUGCAGCGCCUCACAGCACAGUGACCUCAGUUACGGACCUGUGCACAGCGGCUCCCCCGUCAACAGCUGCCAGCUCUCAAACAGCUGCGCUGUUUCCAACUAGCCGUAAUUUUAAGACCAUUUCUCAAGCUACCGAAAGCGUAACGGGUCAACCUUUGGCUAAGUUAGGACUGAUUUGAGAAUGUCAGUGAUGGUUUAACUAAAAAAAGCAACAGAAAUAUCUUUUUGUAUCACCGAAUCAAGUCUAUAUAGCAAUUCUUUUUCCUGCAAGGUAAUGCAGAGUGAGGAUAGUGAUAAACCCAUUCUGAAUCUUUUUGGGAGUGUUGGAGCUAAGCAGUCGCUUUAAAACGUCCGACUGGUGCGCAUGCUUCUGGGGGGUGCCCCAGCACCAGUGUGAACACACGGGGAACCUGACGGGCACUGGACAGGCAGCCGCAGGGGUCAAGAAGGGAAACGAGAACUGUUUUUCUGACUGAGUAGAACAACCUAGUGCAAACCUGUUACAGGGCAAACAAGAAUAUAAAAGUCAGUCACAGCAAAACAAAACCACAUGGAGGCCAACUCCUUGUGACAGUGGCUCACUCAGCUGUUUGGAGAAAGCCAUAGCACGAAGGCGGUGGGAACCUCGUUAGAUGAAGCUCACACACUAUCCAUGCCAGGCCUCUCCUUCUGCAGUUGAGAGAAUCAAGGCCCAAGGAGGUGAAGCGAUUUGCCAAGGUCACACAGCAGUUAAACAACAAGCCUAGCACUCAAUGCAGGUCUCUGAGCACCUGCCCCAUGCUCUUUCCAUCAUACCAACACUUCCUCCCGGCCGGAGAUAGUAAGUAUGGCAUCUCAUCAGGACCCCAAUCACCCACUGGCAAGUAAAAUACAACUAGCCAACUCAAGGAUUGAGUGCACCUUUCUCUGGACACAGAUGAGUCCAUUACCUAAAAUAAUACAACUGAAAAGUAAAAGCAGAGAUGGAUUAUCCUUUCUCAUUUAUGAACGUUUCCUUUUGCGACUUUAUUACAUCAACUACACACAAAAGCCAACAGCAGAUUUACUAUGUUAUGACCAGUGCAAACCAAUGAGUCUACUAUGUGAAAACCUCGGCAGCACCUCCAACUAGCUGAAAACCAGCCCGAACAGGUGAUUUGCACACAACGUCCAGGACACAGGAUCACUAAACACAGGCAGUUCAGACUCAAGAGAGGCCAGUCAAGGCAGAAGACACACAGUAAAACCCUCUGCUGUCUUUCUCAAGACAGGCAGUGCUUCUCUUCUUUGCGCCCAAGCCUCCCCAAAGAAGACAACGCGCUUCUUAAAUGAGCUGCAGCCCCCAUUCCAAGAACCCCCCACACCUCUCAAUGUCUGGCGGUAAGUCCACACCAUACCUUGAAACUUCUUUUUGAUGGCAUCCUUGGAACUUGCAUAGAUCAUUUUACUUUUCAGAGGUGCUAGUUCUGGUGCCC